UUAACGCUAAGGCCAAAGAGUGGGCUAUAUAUAUAUAUAUUUGGAGAGUUCGCCGAAGAGAGCAAUCGUACUAGACGUAGACGCCGGCGCCGGCGCUUCAUCAAGUCCUUUAUUCUAAAGCUUUGGCGGAAGCCGUUAUCUCCGUUUCUGGCCGCAGGAUGUCAACAUCGGCUAGGAAGAGAUUGAUGAGGGAUUUCAAGAGAUUGCAGCAGGAUCCUCCCGCUGGUAUUAGCGGUGCUCCUUAUGACAAUAAUAUAAUGCUCUGGAACGCUGUCAUAUUUGGUCCUGAUGACACACCUUGGGAUGGAGGUACGUUUAAGCUGACUCUUCAGUUCAAUGAGGACUACCCUAACAAGCCACCAACAGUUCGGUUUGUUUCUCGGAUGUUUCAUCCCAAUAUUUAUGCUGAUGGGAGUAUUUGCUUGGAUAUUUUACAAAACCAAUGGAGUCCAAUAUAUGAUGUAGCUGCUAUACUCACAUCAAUCCAGUCACUGCUAUGUGAUCCCAAUCCAAAUUCGCCUGCGAAUUCAGAAGCAGCAAGAAUGUUUAGCGAGAAUAAGCGCGAAUACAACAGGAGAGUGAGGGAGAUUGUUGAGCAAAGCUGGACUGCUGAUUAAGAAACUAGACCAAUUGGUGAACUUAAUAAGUAUGUUUAAUACCUAUUUGUAUUAGCUAUGGGAUGAUUUCUAUCUAGAAACAUCAUUCUUUUCUUUUUGUUUGUGUCUUGUAAUAAUAAUAAUAAUGAUAAUUACAUGUAUUAUUAGGAAGGAAAGAUCAUAUUUAUGUCAUAUCUAGGAAUCUCAUGUGCUAUGUGUUUGUGUGUCUUUGGGAUUUUUUUUUUGUAUAUUAAAGAAUCUCUUGAAAGGGCACACAAAUUUCUUGGUUGGUUGGUAUGAUUGAUUAUAAAAUAUCCCAUUUCUGCUCAACAAACA